AUGUUGGCGGUUGGUACAUUUGGAGUUCUAGUCAUUGGACCAGGUAUAGUUGGAUAUAUUCCGAUUAUGAUUGUUGGUGCUCUGAUAUAUAUGCUUGGAAUUGAGCUUCUAGAGGAAGCACUGGUUGAUACAUGGGGGAAGUUGCAUAGACUUGAGUAUUUGACUGUUGUAACAAUUGUUGUCACGAUGGGAGCAUGGGACUUUGUUGCGGGUAUUAUUGUGGGUAUCAUCCUCGCAUGUGUCAAUUUUGUGGCUCAAACAUCACAAAAAUCCGCGAUAACAGCAACAUACACAGGCCAAGUGGCCCUUUCUACCGUUCGGCGACACCCGCUGCACGCAAGGUUCCUGCGUGAGGCGGGAAAACAGACAUUCGUCAUCAAGCUCGCCGGUUUCCUCUUCUUCGGAACCAUUGUCAGUGUCGAAAAGCGGAUACGCGGAUUGGUGGAUGCAGAAGCAUUCAGCGAGCGGCCCAUCAGAUUCCUGAUACUCGAUUUCUUAUAUGUCAACGGGCUAGACUUUUCGGCAGCUGAAGCCUUUACAAGGCUGAAUAGGAUACUAAAGAAGAAGGGAGUACACAUGCUUGUAUGCGGGCUUGAUAUAACGGGAGAGGUUGCAACAAGCCUGCAAAAUGUCGGCCUCUUUGGGCUGGACGAUGCGGUCGAAAUUUUCCAAGAUCUGAACUCUGCGCUUGAGCACUGUGAGAACGAGGCCCUGAAGGCAAUCCACGACCACAAAGAAACUUCACCCGCCGGGCUAUCUCCCAGUGAAGGAAACCUGAGUAAGUCUGUUCUUUGGCGGUGUCUAUUGUUGAAAUAA